UCUUAUUUCAUAAGUGGGAGAAAGUUUCAGUAAAUUACACAGAUCAUAAUUAUUAAAAUGUUAUGAUAUGUUUCGUGUUACCACAGUUAUUAUCACCUUAUAUCCAAACAACUUAAAAUCAUAUAUUUCAUAUGUUUAAAGAGUAGACUUUUUGGGUACAUUUGGACUUUUACAUAAUAAAUUUUAAAAUGUCCCAUGAAAACAAACUCAAGUAUUUGAUAUCAGGAAAUCUGCAUUAACAUCGUAAAUUCAUACGCACUUGUUAAUCAUAAUACCAUAUAUUUUCGUUCAUAGUUAUUGAACUACUAAAACUUGGCCUAGAUUGAUUUUGUUUUUAUAUCUAAGAGAAUUUCCUAAUUUGAACAAUUUCGAAAGAUACAAUUAACUCAUUUUAGUACAGAAACACUUAUGCGUUAAUCCAAAACAAUUCAACAUAGAAUUAUUUUGUGUUUGAAUACACAUAGAAACAAGGUGAUAAUUAUAUUUCAUUUUUAUUGUGGAUUUAUUCUGUUGGGUGGUGAUUUUCAACAAAAAUAAAAAGAAAAGUGAACACUGAUUCAAUUAUACAAGUGAACAAAUAAAACACUAAAAUAUGCCUCCAGGAAUUCAACCAAAAUUUAUAGACAAACCAAAAAUUAAACAAUCUGGCAAAAAUGUCAUAUUUGAAGUUGUAGCUGAAGCAGAUCCAGCGCCAGAAAUUCUUUGGACAAAAGCUGGGAAUGAAAUAAAAAAUUCUUCACGUUACAAAACUAAUUGUCGUACACUUGGUAAACAACAUACAUUAACAUUAGAAAUUAAUCAAGUAACAGCUGAUGAUGGUGGAGAAUACUUGGUAACAGCCAAAAAUAAACUUGGUGAUUCAACAGCCACAAUAAACUUGAAUAUUGGAUCAGCUAAAUCUACACCAACUAGAGCUCCGAAAUUUCUUGAGAAACCAGUGAUUCGUAUGGAUAAGUCUAAAGGUGAAGUUAUCUUAUCAUGCAGACUAGAAGCAAAACCGGCUGCAACACUGACAUGGUAUUUAAAUGAUCAAGAAAUAAACGAAAUCUCUGGGAAACGUGCAUGGGAAGUUUCAGAGCAACCUGAUGAUGUUUAUAUUAUUGAAAUACACAUUUUAUCACCAAAACCAGAAGAUGGUGGUAUGUAUAAAAUUCAUGCAAAAAAUUCAGCUGGAGAAAGUAAUGCAAAUAUCAAUUUAAAUCUACAAGCAAAUCAGAAACAAGCAGGAAAAGGACCAGUAUUUGAAAAGCCGAAAAUAUACCAAAAUAAUCUAGGACGUGAUGUAAUUUUAGAAUGUCGUUGUAGUGCAGAUCCUGCACCUACCUUCACUUGGUAUCAAAAUACAAAAGAACUUAAAGCAAGACCAGGUAGAUAUGAAAUGGAAGAGAGUAAAGACGGUGCAGUAUUCUUAAACAAAUUAAAAAUAAUUAAUUUUAUGAAUGCAGAUGCAGGCACAUACAAAUUAAUGGCCAAAAAUAAUUCAGGUGAUGCGACUGCAGUUAUGGAGGUAAAAAUGCCUAAGAUUGUCGGAAUGCCAAAUAUUCGUUUUGAAGAUAACAAUCAACGUGCUUUUCUUGAGGUCCGUGUCGACUCUGGGAAUCCUCCAGAAGCAAAAUGGUCACAUUCAGGGAAAAGUAUCAAAGUGGAAGGACGCUAUAGCUCAGAAUGUACAAUGGAAGGUAGAAAUUACGUGAUGAAUCUCACAAUUAAUGAUCUAACCGAAAAAGACUCUGGACUAUAUGAAUGUGAAAUUUUCAACGGUGUUGGUAAAGUACAACAGUCAAUUACAGUUAAAGUACCACCCAAAGAUCCUAAAGUCAAACUUCCACAAAUCGUAGGAUACUUGAGCAGCCAGACUGCUGAAUUAGGACGAACAUUUAUAAUGACGGUAGAUUAUGCAGUUGGUUCAGUUACUCCACAAGCUAAGGUACUUAAAAAUGGAACUGAUCUAUCACUUGACAAACGAUGUACUGUUCGAGUUGAUUCUACUAAACAUUCAGUUAUAAUCACAAUAAAAAAUGUACAAAUGGAUGAUAAAAGUACAUAUACUCUUCAAUUGUUAGCAAAUGGUAAUGUUUGUGAUAAAGGAAAUUUUGAUUUAUCAGUCAUUCAAGUGAAUGAUGAAGCAAAUGAAGAGGUUGAUGAAGUUGGUGAAUUACACGUACCUUCAAACAAAGGAAGUCGACGCUCAUCAACUGUUAAAAAGGAGGAGGAAUAUCUUAAUCGUCGCUCUUCACAGGAAAAGCCAGGUCUUCUAGAUCCUAAGGCUUUGGAACAAUCACUUCAGGCUAGACGUGAUUCAAUGACUAAUCGGAGAACGUCACUGGCUGAUGCGAUCCCUGGAUUUGCUGGAUUAAAGCAUCGGGAGACACCGAAAGUUGAAAAAGAAUAUUUUGUUGAAGAGUUACAAGAUGUAAAAAUUAAAGAAGGUAGUUUAAAAGCGUUGCUCAAGUGUACCUUCUGCAAGUCAACAUCUAAAUUUCGUUGGUAUAAAAACAAGUUGGAAAUAUUUCAAGGGCCAAAAUAUAAUUUUUUGCAAGAAGGUAAUGAAUUCGCUUUAGAAAUCAAAAAGAUUGCUAUGGAAGAUGUAGGCAAAUAUACUUGUAAAUGUAAUGAUAUUUCAACAACUUGUACAAUACAAGUUGAAGAAAAAAAGCAUACAUAUCAUUUCAAUCAAAAAUUGCCUAAAACAGCUGAAGUUGUUCGAGGUAAAGAUUUAACGGUUGAAUGUUCUGUGUCCGAUCCAAGAGCAACUGUUGCAUGGUAUCAUAAAGGUGAAAAAGUUGAAUAUGUUGCUGGUAAAAUUGAAAUUAAACGUCGUGAAAAUCGUUGUAUUCUUCGUAUUGUACGAGCCAGACCUGAACAAGAAGGUGAAUACUGUUGUAUUGUAGAAGGGGAUGAAACAUAUAUGGAUAUUGCAGUUGAAGAUCCUGACUGGUCUUUUACGCGAGAACUUAAACCUCAACAAGCUUUAGAAAAUGAUGAAGUGGUAACAUUUGAAUGUGAAGUGUCCGAUCGAGAUGCUGAAGUUACUUGGUAUAAAAAUGGAGAGCUUAUUACAGCCAAUGAUAAAUAUGAAAUGCUAGCUGAAAAGAAAGUGAAGCGUAUUUUAAAAGUGAAGAAAAUUACCAUGACUGAUGAUGCAGAAUACACUUGUAAAGUUGCCAAGAAGACAACUACUGCUACUUGCACAGUAAAACGAAGAUGGGGAAGAUAACCUCAACAUCUGAGGGGAAGCACGAAAUGUAAUGAACUGGUUGGAUGCAGCUAGACGAUUUGGACUUCACAAAUGAGCUAGCUCUUCUAUCCCAGACACACGUACAGAUGUAGAUGAAGACAACUAGUGUAGCAGCAGCCUCUGUAGAAGUAGGCCUCGGUUUACACAAAGGAAAAAGUAAGAUCCUCAUAUGCAGCACGGAGAACAUCAACCCAAUCACACUUGAUGGAGAAGCUCUGGGUGAGAUAGGAUCUUUCACAUACCUGGGAAGCGUCAUCGAUGAACAAGGAGGAUCAGAUGCACACGUAAAGGUGAGGCUUGGCAAAGCAAGGGCCUCAUUCCUGCGGUUGAAGAGCAUAUGCAAAUCAAAACAACUGUCGAUCAAUAUCAAAGUGAGAAUUUUCAAUAAAAAUGUUAAGACAGUUCUACUGUACGGAGCUGAAGCUUGGAGAACUACUACGACCAUCAUCAAAACUGUACGGGUAUUUACAAAUAGCUGUCUACGCAAGAUACUCAACAUCCAUUAGCCAGAUACUAUCAGCAACAGCCUUCUGUGGGAGAGAACAAACCAGCUUCCAGAUGAAGAGGAAAUUAGGAAAAGACAAUGGAAUUGGAUAAGACAUACACUACGCAAAUCGUCAAAAUUCAUCACGAAGCAAGCGCUUACUUGGAAUCUUUCAGAGAAGCAGAAAAGUGGAAGGCCGAAGAACACACUACAAUGGGGAAUGGAAGCAGGUAGGAAAAGGAUGAAUAACAACUGGAAAGAACUGGAAAGGAUUGCCCAGGAUAAGGUUGGAUGGAGAGUGCUGGUGGGUGGCCUAUGCUCCUCCACGAGGAGUAACAGGCGUAAUUAAGUAAGUAAAAUAUAAAGUGUAAUAUUCAAAUGCCUGAAGAAUAAUAUGAAACUAGUUUAGUAUCAUCUUGAUAUACCUUUGUAAAUGACUUAUCUGACUAGGUCAUAUCAUCUUCCUGUUAAUUUGUUUUUAUGAAAUAAACUAUUCUCGAAUAAAAUAAGACUAAUCGAGUUAACUGAUAUGAUGGGAAAAAAUAUCAAAAUCCGAUCGAUUUACCCAUUAUGAUUUUUAUUCAACAUUAUUUCCGUUUUAAUUCAAUGUGAUGAUUACUCACUGUAGUAUUCCGUUUUGUUUUCCCAUAUGACAUUUUAUUCUGUAUAACAUACGAUAUUCUUGUAUUCGGUUGACAUGAACUAUGCUCAGUAAGUGAUUUGUUAUAACUGAGUAUGUGAUUGAAUCCUAAUUAUUAAUCAAAAUGGGUGUACAAUCAAUAUAUAAAUGAGUGUAUUUUUGACUACAGUUGUCGUCGUCGUGUUUCGGGGUUACUAGCAGAGCUUAAAAGCCAGAUCUAGCGUUCAAAAACAAGACAUAUCAUUAACAUAAUUAAUUAUAGAUAAUUCUUAAUGAAUUUUUCUAUUGAAUGUUGACUGUUUCCAUUAUCAUGUUAAAAAACUUAUCUUUAAAAUGUACUGUUUGUCGUUUAUUCUACUUCUAAUAUUUCUGGUCAGAAUAAAAUUCUAUUCAUAUGUAAACAUAUCAUAUAUAAUAUCAGUGAAAGUAUAAUUUAUAAGUGAAUUUUCGAAAUGAUUAUACUUUAUUCGUUGACUUCAACAGAUGAUUAAAUAAGAACGUUUCAGUUAAAUUCCAGUAGUAAUUCGUUGUGUUUUUUAUAAACCAAGAUGAAUGGUGGCUAACAGUGAAAUCCAAGAUGCACAUAUGCCAAUAAAAGAUUGAUCAGCUGCAGUUCUAAACAACAAUGGACAGAUUCAAACAACCAACACAAAAUGAGGAUCACUUAUCUUAAAAAUACAGGUCGAGUAUAUCAGUUCAUAGUUGAGUAGCUAACUGACUAGGAUACAAAUACAUUCAAAAAUCACUUUGAUUUGUGCUUCAAAAAUAAAUUAAUGGUUAACUACUAACAUUAAGUGGGUUAUUAUGAAAAAAAGUGAUUUAUUAUUCAAACAAUCUGACUGCUAAAUACACAUUAUUGUUUUAAUAUCAAUUUUAGCUGAUGUUGAAUUCAGACAAAAUCUUAUCGAUACAAAAGGUAUUGAAACAAAACAUAAAGAAUUAGAAUGUCGUGCAUUUAAUCCUAAAAAAUAUCCAGUUUAUUGGUUUAAAGAUGGUUUACCUAUAGAACUAAAUGAUCGUAUUUCAACAACAGAAAUUGAAGGUUCUUUAUACUUAAUAUUUCAAUAUUUGGAAAUGGAUGAUACAGGAUAUUAUAGUUGUAAAAUUGGUAAUCAUGAAACUAAAGGACUUUUAGAGGUACAAGAAUGUGAAAAACCUCCAUCAGUUGAUCUUACAAAUUUCAAGGCUCAAGCCACCCUAAAGAAAGGGGCUAACUUUAUGACAGCAGUUCCAUUUAAGGGUUUCCCUGUACCACAAGUUGUUCUUAUGUGUAAUGGAGAACCUGUGAAUGAAGAAAUUAAGUUGAAACCUGUUGUUAAGGGAAAUAUUGUCGAAUUACAGUUAGAGGAUGCUGCUAGAGCUGACAGUGGAAAAUAUGAAUUGAAAUUGAAAAAUGAACUUGGUGAAGCUUCAGUACCACUUGAACUUAAUAUCCUUGAUCGCCCUGGCAAACCACGUGGUCCGUUACUGUUAACUAGCUUAUCAGCUAAAAAAUGUGUACUUGAGUGGGAUCCACCUGAAGAUGAUGGCGGCUCACCAAUCAAACAUUAUGUUGUUGAAAAGAUGGAUGUUUCUGAUGGUAAUUGGAAACUGGUUAAAAAUGCUAAAGCACCUCAAUGUGAAGUCGAAUUGGAAGAAGGCCAUAAAUAUAAAUUUCGUGUACGUGCUGUUAAUAACGAAGGUGAAAGUGAAAAUUUAGAAGUUGAUAAGGAGGUCCUAGCCCGUGAUGUUUGUGAUCCACCGGAUGCACCGACUGGACUAGAGAUUGAAGAUUAUGAUCGUGAUCAUGCGAAAUUAAAGUGGCUUCCACCAAGACGUGACAAUGGUGCACCUGUAUUAAAAUAUAUCCUUGAAGCUAAAGCAAAAAGUAAAAAUAAGUGGGAAACGGUAAAAGAGGUUUCUGAUCCAGCAGCUAAAGUUGAUCUAAAAGAAGGUGAAGAAUAUGAAUUCCGUGUAACUGCAGUCAAUAAAGCCGGUAAAUCAGAACCAAGUGAAGUUAGCAAAUCACUUAUAGCCAAACCACGUUUCUUGAAACCAUUCAUCAUUAAAACUGGUUUAAAACCAAUAAAAGUAAAAGUCGGUGAAGUUGUUCAAUUAAAGCUUGAUUUUCGCGGUGAACCAGAUCCUGUAGCAGUCUGGUCAAAAGAAUCAACUCCCCUUGAGUCAACACCAGAAAUUGAAUUAACUUUUGAACCACGAUCAGCGUCUCUUAAAAUUUUAUCAGCUCAGCGUAAGGAUACUGCUUUGUAUACUUUGAGAGUAAGUAACGAAGUUGGAGAGGAUCAGGCAAGCAUUGAAGUUGUUGCACUUGGUAAACCAUCUCGUCCAGUUCCACCAAUGGAAAUUACAGAAGUUACCAAAAAUUCUGCUCAGUUAAGCUGGAAAAAACCGGAGGAUGAUGGUGGUACACCGAUCACGCACUAUAAAGUUGAAAAAAUGAACAUGAAUAAAGGCCGAUGGGAACCUGUAGCUGAAGUAACUAAAGGAUUAACAGCAACUGUGAAUAAAUUAGAAGAAGGUCAACCAUAUAAAUUCCGUAUAAUUGCUGUUUCAAGUCAAGGAGAAAGUGAACCACUUGAAUGUGAUACUGAAAUAACUGCUAAAAAUCCAUUUGAAAGACCUGGUCCACCAGAGAAACCAAAGAUUGCUGACUAUGAUCGCACUCACAUAGAUAUAAAAUGGGAACCACCUGAAGAUGAUGGAGGUGCACCUAUAAAAGGCUAUCAUGUUGAGCGCAGAGAGCCAAGGUCGCAACGCUGGAUGCGUUUGACACGUGUUCCUCAACAGGAACUUACAUAUUCUGAUUCCGGAGUUCGUGAAGGAAAAGAAUACGAAUAUCGUGUGAUAGCAGUGAAUGAAGGUGGCUUAAGUGAUCCAAGUCCUCCGACUGAUUUACAAUUUGCUAAGGCUAGUCGAGAACCUCCUAAAUUAAAACUAACUGAAUUGCCUUUGGGAAUAAAACAAGAGAUCCGAUUAAGAGCCGGUGAACCAUUACAUAUGCCUAUUCCAAUAACUGGUGCUCCUGCACCUACAAUAACAUGGUCCAAAGACAAUAAACCAUUGCCAAUUCGUUGUCAACUGCAAAAUUCUGAAGAACAUACUUGUUUAGAUGUACCCAAAUCAAUACGUGAUGAUUCGGGUCUCUAUAAAAUUCAUUUAGCUAAUGAAUAUGGUCAAGAUGAAGCAGUUGUUAAAGUUAUUGUAAUGGAUAAACCUUCACCACCAAUCAAUGUAGAAGCAAUCGAUGUGUAUGCUGAAUCAUGUAAACUUAUUUGGAAACCACCAGUGGAUGAUGGAGGUACACCAAUAACAGAUUAUCUAGUUGAACGAUGUGAUGAAACUGGCAUUUGGGAACGUGUAUCCGGACUAGUUACAGAUAAUUCAAUAAAUGUCAAGAAUUUGAUUAAAGGGAAAUCUUACCGUUUUCGUGUAUCUGCUGUAAAUAUGAUAGGAAAUAGUGAACCAGGGGAGACAAAAACUGCGAUACUUGCCAAAAAUCCUUAUGAUCAUCCUGGUGCACCAGAAAAAUUGAAUAUUGAUGAAUAUGAUAAACGUUCAGUGAAAUUAUCUUGGAAACCCCCAGCAGACGAUGGAGGUAACCCAAUCAAAGGUUACCUAAUUGAAAAAAGAUUACCUCGAGGUGAAUGGCGUAAGGCGACAGGAUCACUUGUCCCAGGCACAGAAGCAACAGUUACUGGAAUAGAAGAGGGUCAAACCUACGAGUUUCGUGUCAGUGCUGUUAACGAUGCCGGACCUGGUAAACCUUCUAAAGCGACUGAACCACAUCUGGUCAGGGAUCCAGUUUAUCCACCUGGACCACCUGAAGGGUUGAAUGUGGAAAAGGCUAAUAAAAAUGGUGUCAAACUUUCUUGGAACAAACCACGACGUGAUGGUAAUGCACCAGUCACUGGUUAUGUAGUAGAAAAGAAAGGGGAUGAUGAUCAAUGGAUUCCUGUUCAGAAUACAACUAAUCCAUGCGCAUUUGUCCCAAUGAAAGAAGGAGAAACAGGGCAAUUUAGAGUUCGAGCAGUCAAUUCAGAAGGACCAGGAGAGCCAACAAAACCGACAGCUGUAAUCACUGCUGUAGAUCCACCUGAACCUCCAAGAAUAUGUACACCUGAAGAGGGAGUUGGAGGUCCUGGCUCUGGAGUAGGUGGGCUGAAAGAUAUUACGCUCAAGGCUGGUCAAGAGUUGUUAUUAGCUGCGGCUUGGUUUGGAAGUCCUAAACCAAAUCCUACGUGGACACUAAAUGAGAAAGUUGUCAAACCAGAUGGCAAACUUAUCCAAAUCUCAGAUGAACCUCCACCACCACCUGCCAACCCUGGUCCUGGAGGAGCAUUAGAACAAUCUUCCGGUGGAACAGCUGUUCUUCGAAUUCCAAAGGCACGUCGAAGUGAUGGCGGUAACUAUGAAUUGACCCUAACGAAUGAUCUUGGACAAGUCAAGACAUCUUGUCAUGUUGAAGUUCUAGACGUCCCUGGACCUCCAGAAGGGCCUUUAGAAGCAACUGAUGUGAAUGCUGAAGAAAUUACACUCAAAUGGAAACCUCCAUUAGAUGAUGGGGGACAACCAAUUUCAAAUUAUAUUCUUGAAAAACGAGUUAAGGGAAGUGAUAAUUGGCAGAAAGUUAGUGCUUUCUUGAAUUCACCAAAUGCAACUGUUAAAAAUUUAGAAGUUGGACAAGAGUAUGAAUUUAGAGUGAUGGCUGAAAAUCCUAUGGGUGUUAGUGAACCACUUUUAACAACAAAAGCUAUUAAAGCAAGACACCCUUAUGAUCCACCUUCAGGUAUGAAGAAACCUAUCAUCGAAACUACAACUGAUGACUCAGUAACUUUAUCUUGGGAACCACCAAUGAAAGGUCCAACCACUGGUUAUAUUGUAGAAAAAAGACCAAAAGGUUCCAGAGAAUGGACAAAAGCGAAUACAGGCAAUGUAACAGGUACUGAGUACACUGUGAAAGGUUUACCGAAAGGAAAAGAAUUUGAAUUUCGUAUUGUACCAUACAAUUUGGCUGGUAAUGGUGAACCAAGUGAACCAACAGAACUAAUCAAAGUUCAAUUCCCAAUAACUCCACCAAAAAUAGGACGUAAUGUACCACGUGAAGUGACUGGACGUGUUGGAGAACCAUUUAAAAUUCAUGUACCUUUUACUGGAAGUCCACCAGAUAAAGUGGAAGUGACUAAGAAUGGAAUCCCUGUACCACUUGAAGGUGGUCGUUUCAAAGUGGAAAUCACUCCUGACGAAGUUAUCAUUACGGAUAAAGAAGCAGAGAAAAAUGAUGGAGGCUUGUAUAAAAUUGAUUUGGAAAAUGAGAAAGGUCGUGAUUCAGCUCCUGUCAAUGUAAAAGUUGUAGGACCACCUGAACCACCUCAAGGACCAUUGGAAAUUAGUCACAUCAAAAAUAAUUCAUGUUCAUUAAGUUGGAAUCCGCCAACAGAUAAUGGUGGAAGUCCAAUAACAAAUUAUAUUGUUGAAAAACAAAAUACUAAAACCGGUGAUUGGAGUGUCGUCAACUCAUUUGUUCGCACACCGAACUGUGAUGUAACUGGCUUGGAUGAAGGUAAUAUGUACCGAUUUCGUGUACGUGCAGCUAAUGAAAUCGGUGUAAGUGAACCUCUAGAUGCGGACAGAGCAAUAGUUGCAGAAAAUCCCUCAACUGUACCUGGAGCUCCUGGAAAUCUUACACCAGCAGAUGUGGAUGCUAAUAAAGUGACAUUAGAAUGGACUAAACCUAAAUCAGAUGGAGGACGUCGUAUUAUAGGCUAUGUAGUUGAAUAUAAACCUGUAAAUUCGGAUGAAUGGCGUUCAGCUCCAGAAGGAUUAGUCAAGGGUAAUUCCACAACUGUCGAUGGACUUAAGAAAGGAGAAAAAUAUCUAUUUCGAGUUUGUGCUAAAAAUGAGGUUGGACUUAGUGAACCGUGUACAGCUAACCGACCAGUUGAAUGCAAACCUAAAUUCACCACAGCUGAUAGUCCUGGUACACCUACUGUUGAAGAUGUUGGGAAGAACUUUGUCGAUUUAACCUGGUCUAAACCAAUGAAAGAUGGAGGUGCUCGUAUCACUGGUUAUUUAGUAGAGAAACGGAAAAAGUUUGCUACUGACUGGGAACCCGCUACACCAGAUGGAAAGCCUGUUAUGAAUAAUAAUGCUCAUGUUGAUGGCCUUGAUGACAAUGCUGAGUAUGAAUUCCGUGUGAGUGCUGUAAACGCCGCAGGAAUCGGUGAACCGAGUCAACCUACAGAAUUAACUAAAAUAUGUCCAAAAAGAGAUAAGCCACAACCACCAUCAGACGUUGAAGCUAAAGAUAUAUAUGCUGAUAGUUGUGUAUUAACCUGGAGCCCACCUGAAUCAGACGGCGGAUGUCCAAUCAUCGACUAUAUCGUUGAAAAGUGUGAUGCAACCACUGAAGUAUGGGAACGUGUUCCAGCUGUAGUCACUAGUACAAGUUGUCCAAUCAAAGGUUUAGUUGAAGGUAAGCGUUAUCGUUUCCGUGUAUCUGCUGUGAAUGCUAUGGGACCAAGUGAACCAGCAGAAACGAAUACAGCAAUUACAGCUAAAAACCCAUUUGAUGCACCGGAUGCACCAGAAAAUGUAAAAGUUGAAUCAUUUGACAGUCAUGGAGUUACAUUAGCAUGGAAACCACCAGAAAAUGAUGGAGGAAAUCCAAUUCAUGGUUAUUUGAUUGAAAAACGUACACCAAACGGAGAAUGGAAACCAGCCACAACAGGAUUAGUGCAUGGAAAAGAGGCCGAAUUAACAGGUUUAGAAAAAGGACAAACUUAUGAAUUUCGUGUUAGUGCAGUAAAUGACGCUGGAGCUGGACGUCCAUCUAAAGCGACAUUGCCUCAAGUUAUAAAAGAUCCAACAUACCCACCUAGUGCACCAGAUUCAAUUAAUGUGGAUAAAGUUAAUAAAAAUGGUGUAAAAUUAUCAUGGCAAAAACCACGUAAAGAUGGUGGAAGUAAAAUCACUGGAUAUCAAGUGGAAAAGAAAGAUGAAAAUGGUAAUUGGGUACCUGUGAAACAGACUACAGAACCAUGUGCAUUUAUCCCAAUGAAGGAGGGUGAGACUGCACAAUUUCGUGUACGUGCAGUGAACGAUGAGGGUCCAGGUGAACCGACUCGACCUACUGCACCUGUGACAGCUGUUGAUCAACCAGAAGCACCGAGAAUAUGUACCCCUGAUGAUUGUGUUGGUGGUUUAGGCAGUGGAGUUGGAGGCCUCAAGGAUGUUAAGCUGAAGGCUGGUCAAGACUUAAAGCUUCCUGUUGCUUGGUUUGGUCAUCCGAAGCCAAGAUUUAAUUGGAGUCAAAACGAUAAACCUAUACAAAUUGAUGGCAAACGAAUAACUGAAACAAAUGAAGCCCUACCACCACCUGCAAAUCCUGGACCUGGAGGAGUUCUUGAAAUGUCUCCAGGAGGUACAGUAGUUUUGUCAGUUGGAAAAGUCCGUCGUGCAGAUAAAGGACAAUAUCAGUUGACAAUUGUCAAUGAACAAGGUCAAGCAACUACUUCUUGUCAAGUAGAAGUAAUUGACGUACCAAGUCCACCAGGUGGACCACUUGAAGCAACAGACGUGAAAGCAGAUGAAAUAACUUUGAGAUGGAAAGCACCUGAAGAUGAUGGUGGUGAACCAAUAACUAACUAUGUGCUACAAAAGAGACGUAAAGGUUCAGAUAAUUGGGAAAAGGUCAGUGGAUUCUUAAAUUCACCAAAUGCAACUGUUAGAAAUCUAGAAGAGGGCACAGAAUAUGAAUUCCGUGUAAUGGCUGAAAAUGCAAUGGGUCAAAGUGAACCUUUAAUAACAACCCAACCGAUUAAAGCUAAACAUCCAUUUGAUCCUCCAUCCGGUAUGCAAAAGCCAACUGUUGAAGAUACAAGUGAUGAUUCAGUUACCUUAGCCUGGGAACCUCCACGUAAAGGUCCUGUUACAGGAUAUAUUGUAGAAAAAAGAGCUAAAGGAAAUAAAAACUGGUCUAAAGCCAAUGCAGCUCCAAUAUCCGGCACAGGUUAUACUGUUAAGAAUUUACCAAAAGGAAAAGAAUUUGAAUUUCGUGUCAUUCCAGUCAAUGCAGCUGGUCAAGGUGAACCAAGUGAACCGACUAAAUUUAUUAAAGUACAGAAACCCAUUACUAUUCCAAAGAUAACUGUUGAUGCACCAAAAGAAAUAAAUGCUCGCCUAGGUGAACCAUUUAAAAUUCGAAUUCCAUUUACUGGUGGACCACCAGAAGAGGUCGAGUUGAUAAAAGAUGGCAAGCCUGUCCCAUUAGAUACAAAUCGUUUUAAACUUGAAGUGACACCAAAUGAAGUUAUUAUCACAGAUACAAAAGCGGAAAAAGAAGAUGCUGGACAGUAUAAAGUUACUUUGAAAAAUGAAAAAGGUGAAGCCAGUCAUCCACUCACCGUGAAAGUACUAAGUCCACCUGAUACUCCUGAAGGUCCUUUGGAAGUUAGUGAUAUCAAAGGUGAUUCGUGCAAAUUAACAUGGAAUCCUCCAAAGAAUAAUGGAGGCAGUCCGAUAACAAAUUAUAUUGUGGAGAAACUGGAACCGAGAACUGGAGAAUGGUUGCCUGUUAGUAAAUUUGUCCGAACUCCAGAAUAUGAAGUUACUGGUUUAGAACCAGGAAACAAUUACAGAUUUCGUGUACGAGCUGAAAAUGAACUUGGAACAAGUGAACAUUUAGAAACAAGCCGUUCAAUACUGGCUGAAGAACCAAGUACUGUACCAGAUGCGCCAAAUAAUUUGACCGUAGCUGAUGUAGAUGCUAAUAAAGUUACACUGGAAUGGUCUAAACCGCGUAAUGAUGGUGGUAAACGCGUAAACGGUUAUAUAGUUGAAUAUAAACCACUCAAUUCAACAGAAUGGGAACAAGCUGCUAUUGUAAAAGAUUUAACUGCCACUGUCGAUGGGUUGAAAAAGGGUGAAAAAUAUAUGUUCCGUGUUUUUGCUAGAAAUGAAGUAGGUGUGAGUCAACCAUGCUCAACCAAUCGUGCAGUGGAAUGUAAACCGAAACAUACUACAGCCGAUAGCCCAGGACGACCAAAUGUAGAUGAUAUAGGAAAGAAUUCAAUCGAUUUAUCCUGGUCACGUCCAGCCAAAGAUGGUGGUGCUAAGGUGACAGGGUAUAUUGUUGAAAAACGGAAAAAGAAUUCACCAGAUUGGGAACCUGCUGUAUCAGGAAAUACACCUGUUACUGGUACACAAGCACACAUCGAUGAUUUAGAUGAGAAUGGUGAAUAUGAAUUCCGUAUCAAACCAGUAAAUGCAGCUGGAGUUGGUGAACCAAGUGAACCUACUCCGAUGACUAAAAUUAGACCAAAAAGAGAUAAACCAAACCCACCUGAAGACGUUGAAGUCAAUGAUCUUUCAGCAGAUAGCUGUAAACUAACCUGGAAACCUCCAGCUAAAGAUGGAGGCGCUCCGAUUACUGAUUAUAUCGUUGAAAAAUGUGACGCAACAACUGGAAUCUGGGAGAAAGUUCCUGCUUUAAUUGUGGGAACAUCAUGUCCUAUUAAAGGUUUAGUUGAAGGGAAACGUUACCGCUUUCGAGUAUCAGCUGUUAAUCCAUUAGGUCAAAGUGAACCUACUGAAUUAUUAAAUGCUGUAACGGCUAAAAAUCCUUUCGAUGCACCAGAUUCACCUGAUAAUUUAAAUAUGGAUUCAUUUGAUAAACAUUCUGUGGAUCUCUCAUGGACUCCACCAAAACAUGACGGUGGAAAUCCUAUUAAAGGAUAUCUUAUUGAAAAGCGUACACCUAAAGGUGAAUGGAAACAAGCAACAAAUGGAUUGGUAACAAAUCCUUCAGCUCAUUUAACAGGUCUUGAACCAGGUGAAACUUACGAAUUCCGUGUAAGUGCCGUGAAUGACGCUGGUCCAGGGCGCCCAUCAAGGGCCACAGCACCUCAUGUUAUGAAAGAUCCAAGUUAUCCUGCUGCAGCACCAGAGUCAUUAAAUGUGGAUAAAGUUAAUAAAAAUGGUGUAAAAUUAUCAUGGCAAAAACCACGUAAAGAUGGUGGAAGUAAAAUCACUGGAUAUCAAGUGGAAAAGAAAGAUGAAAAUGGUAAUUGGGUACCUGUGAAACAGACUACAGAACCAUGUGCAUUUAUCCCAAUGAAGGAGGGUGAGACUGCACAAUUUCGUGUACGUGCAGUGAACGAUGAGGGUCCAGGUGAACCGACUCGACCUACUGCACCUGUGACAGCUGUUGAUCAACCAGAAGCACCGAGAAUAUGUACCCCUGAUGAUUGUGUUGGUGGUUUAGGCAGUGGAGUUGGUGGUUUGAAAGAUAUUAGUAUAAAGGCUGGACAGGAAUUAAAACUACCAGUGGCUUGGUUUGGUCAUCCAAAACCUACAUUUAAUUGGACAUUAAAUGGUGAACCAGUGAAGAUUGAUGGAGUUCGUGUUACCCAAAAAGACGAGCCUUUACCACCUCCCUCUCAUCCUGGACCUGGAGGACAUUUGGAACUUUCACCUGGUGGUAUUGUCUUACUCGUUAUUCCUAAAGUGAAACGAUCUGAUCAUGGAAGAUAUCAAUUAACAGUAAUGAAUGAUUUGGGUCAAGCAAGUACUUCAUGUCAAGUAGAAGUUAUGGAUGCUCCAUCUGCACCUGGAGGACCUCUUGAAACAACUGAUAUCAGUGCAAAUGAAAUAACCUUGAGCUGGAAGCCUCCUAUAGAUGAUGGUGGACAGCCUAUUACAAAUUACAGACUUGAGAAACGUCCGAAAGGUUCAGAUAGUUGGCAGACAGUUAGUGGAUUUUUAAAAUCACCGAAUGCAACAGUCAGAAAUCUUGAAGAAGGUACAGAAUAUGAAUUUAGAGUUAUGGCUGAAAAUCCAUUAGGACUUAGUGAACCACUCAUGACCAGUUCACCAAUAAAAGCAAGGCAUCCAUUUGAUCCACCUUCUGGGAUGUCACAGCCAACAGUUGAGAAUGUUACAGAUGAUUCAGUGACAUUAUCGUGGGAGCCACCUAGAAAAGGUCCAAUUACUGGUUAUACAAUAGAAAAGCGUGGAAAAGGAGAUCGUGCUUGGACUAAGGUAAAUGUACAUCCAUUGUCAACAAAUGAAUAUACCAUAAGAGGUUUACCACAGAGUAAAGAAUUUGAAUUUCGGGUUGUUCCAUUCAAUGCUGCUGGUGCAGGUGAACCUAGUGAACCGACAGGUUACGUUAAAAUUCAAAAGCCCAAAGCGGCUCCUAAAAUCAGUCCUGAUGCACCUAAACAAGUAAAUGUUACAAAAGGUGAACCGUUUAAAAUUCGUAUUCCGUACACUGGAAGUCCACCAGAUGUUGUGGAAGCUACCAAAGAUGGUGUACCAGUUAUUUUAGAUGAUGGUCGAUUCGUCGUAACUAUUACACCUGACGAGGUUAUUAUCGUUGGGAAGAAAGGAGAUAAACAAGAUGAAGGGCCAUAUAAGAUUACAUUAAAAAAUGAUAAAGGUCAAGAUACUUUACCAAUUAAGAUUAAUGUUCUUGGACCACCAGAUAGUCCACAAGGACCACUUGAAGUGAAAAAUAUCAAAUCAGAUUCAUGUACACUUGGUUGGAAGCCACCAAAGGAAACUGGUGGUUGUCCAAUAACUCAUUAUGUAGUUGAGAAACAAGAUCAAAGUACUGGCGAAUGGACACCAGUUAGUAAAUUUGUACGUGGUACAGAAUACGAUGUACUUGGUUUAGAUGAAGGCAAGAAACAUAAAUUUCGUGUUCGAGCUGCAAAUGAAUUUGGUCUUAGUGAACCACUUGAACUAGAUCAUACAAUUACAACAGAGAAUCCAUCAACUGAACCUGGAGCACCAGGCAAUGUUGAAGUAGCCGAUGUUGAUUCAAAUUCAGUUACAUUAGAAUGGUCAAAGCCAAGAUCCGAUGGUGGUAGUAAAAUAAACGGCUAUGUAAUCGAGUUUAGACCAGUAAAUGGUGGGAGUUGGGAGAAAGCGCCAACAGGACCUAUUAGAGGAAAUAGUGGAACAGUUACUGGUCUUUCCCCCGGUGAAAAAUAUGUAUUUCGUGUUCUUGCUAAAAAUGAUGUUGGUACUAGUGAACCAAGUUCAUCAACACAUCCUAUUGAAUGUAAACCAAAAUAUGUACUAGCAGGUAGCCCUAGUGAACCUAACGUUGAUGGAGUUGGCAAGAACUGGAUUGAUUUAUCAUGGUCAAGGCCAAACAACGAUGGUGGUGCUAGAAUUACUGGAUAUAUUGUUGAAAAGCGCAAAAAAGACUCUCCAGAUUGGGAGGUAGCGACAUCAGACGGUAAACCUAUUAGCAGUAACUACGUACGUCUUGAUAAUCUUAACGAAGGAGAUAUGUAUCAAUUCCGUGUCAAAGCAGUUACUGCAGCUGGACCAGGUGAACCAAGUAAUCCGACUCCCAUUAUCAGAAUUGAAGAUAAGAAAUCUACCGCAACACCUGAUUUUGUCACGAAAAUUCGUCCUACAACUGCACCUAUCGGAGGCACUGCUGGAUUCGAAGUACAAGUUGAUGGUCAACCACUUCCUUCUGUACGCUGGUUUAAAGAUGGUAUAGAACUUUUACCAGGUAACCGUAUUAAGAUCAGUCCACCUGGUCCUGAUGGAAAAGCGAGCAUUGAAAUACAUGAUCUUGACGAAAAAGACAGUGGGACAAUAACUUGUCAAGUAUCAAAUCCUUCUGGUAAAAACUCAUGUUCAGCUCCAUUUGAAGUACUGGCAAUACCCAAGAUACUGGGUAAUAUUGAUGAUAAAGUGGCUUCAGAAGGCGAUCUUGUUAAACUUAAAGUUCCUUACUCUGGUCGAGGAUCUAUCACGUUGAAAUUAAAGUGUAAUGGUCAUGAAUUACCGGAAUCUAGUCGAGUUAAAUUGAUGGAUUUAGAUGGAACAGCAUCUAUUCAACUAAAAGAUGUAACAAGAAAUAUGAGCGGAUACUAUACUUUAGAAAUUGGAAAUGAAAGUGGUUUCAGUUCGGUACCAUUCAAUUUAAAAGUAACAUCUCCUCCAGGAGAAUGUCAAGGCCCAAUUACUGUUACGGAUACAACACCUUUCAGUACGCGAUUGUCAUGGAAACCUCCAAAAGAUGACGGGGGAUCUAAAAUUACUCACUAUGUUAUCGAGCGUCAAGAGGUUGGUAAAGAUCGCUGGGUCCCUGUGUCAUCUGGUAGUAAGGAACCAAAUUGUGAAGUACAAGGUCUUCAGGAAAAUACACAUUAUUUGUUCCGUGUGGCUGCUGUCAAUGAUUGUGGUCAGGGUGAUUGGUUCCAAGUGCCUAAUGAAGUAAUCGCUAAGUAUCCGUUUGACAAACCUGGAAAACCAGGUGAUUUAACUGCUAACGAAGUUGGUGGAGAUUUUGUUAAUCUUGCGUGGACUAGACCUUCCACAGAUGGUGGUGGCCGUAUACGUGGUUAUAUUGUAGAAAAACGUGAAGUUGGUGCACAGAACUGGUCCCGUAUCACUCCAAAUCCUAUACUUACACUUAGUUACAAUGUCCCGAAUUUGAUUGAGGAUAAAACCUAUGAGUUUCGUGUUAUGGCUGUCAAUGAUGCCGGCGAAAGCGAACCAACUAUAAUAGAUCGACCCGUGUGUGUUAAAGAUCCUAAAGCUGUUUCACGACCGACUUUCAUCAGUGGUCUUAAACCACAGAUUGUGAAUGAAGGUAGAGAUGCUGUAUUUGAAAUUGAAGUCGACUGUUCAUCGAACUACGAUGUAGUAUGGUCAAAAGGUCCUCGAGAUCUUGUUGAGUCCCAUCGUAUUGAAAUGACUAAAGAAGGACACUUCCAUUAUUUAACGGUUCGUAACUGUGGCCUUGAAGAUGCUGAUGAGUAUAGCAUCAAAGUUUCAAAUCGAGGUGGUUCCAAAGUCAGCCGAGCACCACUGUCUGUCAAAUCUAAACCUCAAAUACAUUUACCAAGCCGUUGGCAAGAGCCUACAGAAUGGGAACGUGGUGAUUCUAUUGUAAUCAAAGUACCAUAUACAGGAUUCCCUAAACCGAAAGCUAAAUGGACAUUAAAUGGUAAGGAUAUAAGGGAAGGGAAAAAUGUCAAUACUCUGCUGAAAGAUCGUCACGCUAUAAUCACCUUGGAGAAUGUAGGCGAAGAAUUCUCGGGCAAAUUAAAUAUAACAUUAGAAAAUGAAAUGGGAUCAGAUUCAGCAAAUAUUGAAUUACGAAUAAACGAUAGACCACCACCACCAAUCAAUUUAAAAGUAGAAGGUGUAGCUGAUGGAUCAGCACUUUUAUCUUGGAGUAUGCCUGAAGGGACUGGGUAUAUUUCUCAGUAUAUCAUUGAACGAUGUGAAAUGCCUGGUGAUACUUGGAUUAGAGCAGGUACUAAUCGUUUCUCAACGUAUAAUUGUGAAGGACUUGUCAAUGGUAAAGAAUACCGAUUUCGUGUAAUUGCAGAAAAUCUGCAUGGUCGAAGUGAUCCAUGUCAACCUACUGAAAGUCACUUAAUUGCUGCAGAUACUCGUCAGCGUGGUGCUCGUCGAGGACGCGAAGAAGGUCGUAGUGAUUAUACUGGACCUCCAAUUGAAAACUAUGAUAGAUUUCAUCGAAAUAUUUGGGACAAGCAAAUACCACUGCCAACUCAAGUUCAUAAAGGUGAAAGUGUCUAUGACUAUUAUGACAUCAUGGAAGAACUUGGGAUUGGAACAUUUGGUGCCGUUCAUCGAUGUCAAGAGAAGACUACGGGUAAUUCGUAUGCGUGUAAAUUUGUGAACACUGAUACACCACAAGAUAAACAUGUUGUUUUAAAUGAAGUUGAAGUGAUGAAAGAACUACAUCAUCCGAAAUUACUCAACCUUCACGAAGUAUUCGAUGAUAAGAAUGAUGUAGCGAUGGUUAUGGAACUACUUACUGGCGGUGAACUACUUGACCGAUUAGCAGAUGAAAAUUCUACAAUGUCUGAAGCUGAUGCUAUUAAUUAUAUUCGACAAGUAUGCGAAGGUAUACAACAUAUGCAUGAUACAAAUAUCAUACAUCUGGACAUAAAGCCGGAAGAUUUAAUGUUUGAAACAUCGAAAUCAAAAAAUCUAAAAAUUGUAGAUUUCAGUUUAUCAAGGAAAUUAGAUCCUAAAACACCAGUUAAAGUUAGUUUAUCACAUCCAGAAUUUGCUGCACCAGAAAUUACACGAUCUGAACUAGUUGGAUUUUAUACAGAUAUGUGGGCGAUUGGAGUUUUGACUUAUAUGAUUUUAAGCGGUUUAUCACCCUUUACUGGAAAUACUCCAGAUGAAACAAUAGAGAAAAUUGGAAGAGGUCAAUUUACAUUCGAUCAUGAUGCAUUUAAUGGAAUUUCGGCUAAUGGUAAAGAUUUUAUUAGUAAAUUGUUACAAAAACAACCAAACCAGCGUAUGACUAUCUAUGAAGCCUUAAAACAUCCCUGGCUUAAUGAAGCAAUCACGGACGAACAGCGUCGACGUAUUCCACCUUCACGUUAUAAAGAAUGUCAAAGACAAAUGCAUGAAAGAAUGGGUGAUAUAUAUCAAAGAAGCCCGGCUAUUGGUCAUUUGGCAAAUUAUUCAUCAAUACGUCAAAAUAGACGAGAUAAAUAUCAAAUACAAGAAACAAAUUUCGAUCGUAAAGAGGCUGGUCCACGUUUUGUAAAAUGGCCUAGUAAUCAAUUGGUGAUGGAAGGUGAAAAUGCACAAUUUAAUUGUCGUGUUAUGGCACUUUCUGAGCCCAUCGUCACAUGGCAUUUUGGUGACGUUCAAUUAUCUCAAAGUGUAAAACAUAUGCAACGCUAUGCUGGGCACGAUUAUUCCCUAAAAAUAAAUAGGGUACGUACGGAGGAUGCAGGACAUUAUACUGUUCGUGCUGAAAACAGUUUUGGAAAACGUGAAUUCCCUGUCUUACUAACAGUACAACCACUACAAGAAAUUAAAAUUGAACCGUUGCCACCAACAUCACGUAAAAAGAUUGAACCAGCGCCCGUCGAAAUGUUCCAUGAAGAAGAGACAGCUCCGCGUUUCGCUUUCCAUCUACGAAAUCGUUAUAUACAAGAAGGUGGAAGUGUGAAACUGACAUGCUCUGUCGAUGGUUGUCCUACUCCAGUAAUCACAUGGUUUAAAAAUGGUAAAGAAUUAAGAAAAGGUGAUGGGAAUUAUGAAAUUCAACAAAUGCUUGGUAUUACGUCACUUGAAAUAUAUUCCUGUUCAGAAAAUGACUCUGGACGAUAUUCCUGUCGUGCAGUGAAUAGUCAUGGUGAACAUGAAACUGAAUGUAAAGUUAUCGUUGAAGCGAGCCGUGUUAAACGAUUUCUCAGUGCUCAACAUGCUGACCGAAAAAUACGUUCAAGUAGUCAACAACCUACUGGUUUUGAAUCAAGAAAUGAAAAUUCUUCAUUGCGUGAUGAUAAAAGAACUUUGACUCGUCUUACUGAAAGACAUGCAUCAGAAGUACGUGAAAUUAAUGAAACACGUGAUAAAUGGUCAAAUAAUGAAAUCAGAGGAUUACGUGACUUAGUGGAACAUAGACCUUCCAAUGGUGAAAUCCAACCUAUUCGAGUUGCUGCACCUAAAUUGUCAAAAGGGUUAAAACCCAUUACACAAGUUGAAUUAGGCAAAAGUUUCAAAUUGGAAGCAAGAUUUGAACCAACAAAUCCUCCAACUAAAAUUCGCUGGAGUUUUAAUAAUCAAGAAAUCACUUCAGACGGUAAUAUAAAGAUCACAACAUCUGAAGAUGGUGAAUUCAGUUAUCUUGAAGUAUUUGAUUCUAGUUUUUCAAAUGCAGGUGAUUAUGAAGCUAAAGCUGGGACAACUAUUACUCGAACCAAUCUCAAAAUUGAAGCUCCAGCUAAUUCAUUGAAUGGAAUGAUAGAUGAAAAUGAUGACGAACUGUCAGAUGAAUUUUCUAGUCAAGCUGUUGAACAAGUAAUAAAUGAUAAUGAUGAAGGAAUCAUACCUAAAGCUGUUGGAUUAGCGCCAUUAUUCACUGUCCAUCCAAUAAGCCAAACUGUCAAAGAAGGAGAUACGGUUUGUUUAGAGUGCACUGUAUCAGGAGAUCCCAUUCCAGAAGCUGAGUGGUAUUAUAAUGAUGGUCCUAUUCAAGCUGGACAUAUAUUUUCUCAAGAUAACGAAAUCAUAAAGCUUGAAUUACAAGCUCUAUUACCCGAAGACACUGGUACUUACGAAUGUCGUGUCACAAGUUCAAUGGGAAAAGCAUCGACUGUUGCCUUCCUUGUUGUCGAACCUGCAAAUGAAGUGCCAAAAGGACCUAAUUUCCUCACUUUCCCACAAUCACGUAGUGCUGAAGAAAAUGAAUCUGUUACUUUGAAAUGUUCCUUUAGUAAUUCACCAGUUGAAGAAGUUUUUUGGUUUCGCAACGAUACUCCGUUGGAUCCUAAUUAUUGUGAUUUUGAUAAAUCUGCUCAAACCAGUAUAUGCAUCCUUCCAUCGGUGAAAGCAUCAAAAGAUUCUGGAAUUUAUUCAGUAAAAAUCAAAGAUAUUAAUGGUAAAUCAUUUGUAUGUAAAUUUUGCCUACAAGUCAUACCAUCUUUAUUGGUGAAUGAUAAUAAUUCAGUUAAAGUAAUUUAAAAUUACAUAUUUUGUACAGGAAAACUAACUUAUCCUAAUGUUAUCAUGAUAAAUGGCUUCAAAAUUGUAAUAGACCAUAUACUAACUAACAUUUCAGAAUAAAUUUAUGAUCUAAAAAGAAAACAUUAUGUUCCCAUAUUCAAGCACAAUAUCACACACAAUCUAUGAACUAUUAUCAUUCAUUGAUUUAUACAUUUUUUUCUCUCUCAAAACAUUAGUAAUUCAUAGAAACCUUUUAUUCUCCUCCCCUCCCCCUUGAUUAUACUAACAACAAAUGCUUUUUCCCACUUUGAAUAAAAUUCAAACAACAACAUAGAAACAAACAAAUCAAUAAAAAUCUCCGGAAAUAAUUGUGUAAAUGAUACAAUCAUUAGAGGAAUAUUAUUUUUCAAGUAGACAAAACAACCAACAGAAAGAAUAUUCCAAAUCAGUUUUGUUUUUCUCAAAAGAAAAAAGAAGGAAAGAUUUCAUUUUCUUCUAGUUCAUGUUAUUAUUUUGCUAGUCAUUUCAAUAUGUAUACAUACUUGUAUGUAUAAGAUGAGAUCAUAUUCACUAAAUAAAGAAAUAAAGAAAAAAAUGAUACGUUAUGAAUGUUAUAGAAAGUCAAUCACUGACUGUUCACUUAUGUAUUUUGUGACUUGAAACAACAACAACGAAAAAAACUAUUACUAAAACUUUUCAUUUUCAACGCUUUACUUUCUCCCAUUUCGUUUUUUUGUCUGUUUUUGUUUUUAACUUUCCAAAGUACUAUAGAUGUUUUUUUUGUUGUUGUUGCCAAACAUGAAAGGAUUAUCUAAUAUAAUACAUGUGUAUACUAUUAUCUUUUAUUUAUCAUGAUAACUAUUAAUGUGAUUAAACAUUUCAACAUUUAUCUUGCCUUUCUCUGUUGUCUUUUUGUUGUUGUGUUUUUAGACAAAAUUCUUCGAUGCUUCCUCCCUUUGUUUUUGUUUUCUCUUAAUUUAUUUGCUUAUUCUCAUUCCCAUGAAUAUUUCUUUAUUGGAAAUAAAAAGAAAUCUGUUCUCUUCCUCGCCUAACCGGAUGCUUUAUUAUACUCAUAUUUUCUUUAAAUAUUUAAAAGAAAUUUUAUGAUUAUAUACAAAGAAAACGACUAUACAAAACUUUAUUAUAAUAUAAAACAAUUCUAACAGUUAUUGGUUUGUUAGUUUUUUGUUUCCAAGUUGUAUGUACGUAAUCAUAAAGCAUAUAUUUCCUCAUUUAUUCAUUUAACUCUUUUUAAAAUAAUAUUUUCUUUUUCUAUCUUAUAUAUUUGUCUUCUAUUAACAACGUAAUUGUUGAAAAAAAAUAGUUGCUAACCUCUCUAUUUGAAUCAUUUAUCAUUAUUAUUGUUGUUCUGUUAUGAUUUCUUUCGAAUUUAAUGAGUAGUUAUGAAAUAGGCUACAGUGUAAGUAGAAACUUACUAAAACUGUUGAUAAGAUCUUAUGACUUCCAAAAAAGAAAACGCAACAAGAACGACGACAACAACAACGACCAACUCUUCUGCUUUAUUACAAAUAAGAAUAAUCUAAAUGAACAAUGAUUAAUGUUAUCAUUUAAAAUUAUUUCAAUUCCCCUUAAAAUUUUUCUUAAUUUAUCACUAGUCUAUUCGCAUGUUUAUUUACUCAUACAAAGUAAAAUCUUUUCUCAAUUCUAAAUCUUUUCUUUGUUCUUUGAUAUAUUAUGCAAGUGACUAAAUGAUAUUAAUCAUAAUGAUGAUAAUACUGAUUAUUCUUAUUAUUCUGUUAUCCAUUACUUGAUAAUGAUAAAUAAUAAUAAUCAUCUCACUCAUUAUAUGUGCUACUUUUUAGCCAUUGAAACAAGAAGUUAAAUUGAUUUUACGUAAUCUGUAUCCUGUUUUUACAUGAUUUUUUCUCUUCCUUUUGUUGUCGUACUUUUUCUCAUCGUUAAGUCCUUUUUUUCUUCUUUAUUGCCUAUUUGUUUCUUUCAACAGAACUGAAAAAAACUUUUCUUCUACCUGACCCUAUAUUAAAUGAUAAUUAUUUACUGACACAAAUUAUGUCCGAUCUGAGAGAAAAAAAAAGAAUCUGUUUUAAAAAAAUAAAGUUUGAAAAAUUAUUUUCUGUUUUGAAACAUGAACUAAUUUAAGGGCUUACUAGUAUUGCUUUAAGUAAUCUUUGGUACUGAACAUGUUUUAUCGAGUUGAUCCAAAUUCCGUUACAGAGUGAAAAAUAUUUCAACCAGCGGGAAGCUCUGAAUUUGGAUUUUGAGCUUAUUGUUGCUUGUAAGUACGGCAUAUUUGCAUUCUUGAAGCAACGCAUACUUUCCGUACAAUUUGAGCCUACAUUACCAAGUGUUACUGUCGGAAAUACUACUACUGUUCUAUUCAAGUCAAAAUUGACUUAAUGUACAGUUGAAGUAUCUUACAAUGGCGGUCACUGAUUAGUAACCAAUAUCAUAUUUAUUUAUUCAUUAGUACUGGUUGAACUCGAUAGAUCAAAUUACGAUAUGGACACUAGAUUACAGACAUAUUUUGCUGACGUGUACUAACUAGCAUUAAGUUUAGAUAUGUGUUUUGGUUACUCACAAACAUCCAAUAUCAAACUUAUUGCAUCCAAUGUUGAUUCAGUUAAACCUGCGACCACUUCGCAACUUGAUCAAUACAAUUCGAUCAACAUUCGAAACUGGUCAAGGACGAAAUUAAUUAUUAUUCAACAAUUGAUCGGUGCAAUGUUUAAUUACUUUUCAGUAAACACACGAGAAUUGUACUAGUUAAUUCUGACUUUAAUUAGGAAGAUAAUCGAUAAUGAUAGUUCUGAUAUGAUGGAAAGAAAUGUCAAUUUUCGAUUGAUUUACUCAUUAUAAGUUUUGUUCAAGAUUACUUCCGUUUUGAUUCAAUGUAAUGAUUACUCAAUGUAUUAUUUGUUUUCUUUUCUCGUAUGAUAUUUUAUACUGUAUAAUAUGCGAUAUUCUUGUAUUCCAUUGACAUGAACUAUGCUCAGUAUGUGAUUUGUUAUAACUCUAAGUAUUUUUCACAUAUGUGAUUUCAUCCUAAUUAUUAAUCGAAAUGGGUGUACAAUCAAUAUAUAAAUGAGUGUAUUCUAGACUAGGGUCGUCGUAGUGUUUUGGAGUUAGUAAAUCAUCACUUAUAUCAGUCUUUGUGUUCUUACUUUCACGUCGUGGGAACCGCAGAGGCCUCUCGUUCCGAGUAUAAGCGAUCAGCACUUUUCCGGCACAACAAUCAGCGAUGACCAGUUAUAAUAAUUUACUAGUUAUAACAGGUUCUUGUAUACAUUGUACAAUAGCAACCUUAUAACAACAAUACAUUAUGAAAAAAUGUCUCAUUGGAUUUAAGAUAAGUUUCUUAUUAUUUUUAUUUGAUUAUUUCCGUAUAGCUAUUUCAAAUUACCAAUGGAAUA